CUCUCUCUUUUACUUUCCUGUAGACAACCAUUGCCGCUCUUCACCUUUUUUUUUGCGGGGGGUGAAUCAUGAGGCAACAGGUGGAUGGGCGUAUGAGGCUCAAGCACACCACAACCAUCGCUGGCUCCUACUCUAAUGUCCCGGACAGUGGCGUUGCGAACACUGUCGCCACUAAUCUUCUCGCACUUGUGCGGCCGACUGUGCUUUGCCUCAACCGCUCCGCUGCCACCAUGGGUCCACUUCAGUAAGGGUGAGGUUCAAGAUGACCUUUGUGUAGGUGCGAUUGGGAUGAAACGACCUAGCGACAGGGGCAAAACUGGUAUGGUAUGGAUAUCUCCCAACCGACAAUACAAGCUAUAGCCUUCAGACAUUCUGUGGCAAGAAAAUCAGUUACUAUAAUAUGAUUUCUAUUCAGAUUCUGAUUUUUGGUUGCAUAUAUAGAUAUGGUAUUUGGCACUGACCGAUAUUUGACUGGAUAGUAUCUUAGAUAGUUCUUGGAUAGCUGCCAUCUGCUUAUCUUUCCGCACAACAUAUUGUGAACUGGCUUCACUCAACGUGUAUCCAACAUAAUUACAUUGACAUUGGGGCUCAUAUGUGAGAGGUCAAUAUCGGUUUAAGCAUGGCAUGCUUAUAAUAGAAUGAAAUAAAUAAUUGUAAAUGAUAUCCUAACUUAGCAGUUUUCCAGUUGUCUCCAUAUUGUGCAAACAUUAUUUAUGUUGUUCUUUUCUACGCAAUGUCUAAUGAAAUAUUUAUUACUGUACCGUAUUCAAUAUUUAUCCUUUCCAUAUUCGUGAUCGGCACAAUAUCAAUAUGAUUCGCAUCCAUAUUAAUAUUCGAUAACUAUUGAUACCAUUCCCUUGUAAAUCAAACUGUUGGUGCCAAACAAAACAACUUCUUCCUUUCCCCCCUCCCUUGUCUAUGCUGUUUCAUUCUAAAAACUAAAAUGCAUCGUCGUUGUUCGAGCCCGAACUCGACAGCCAUGACUUCCGAACUAGGGACACCAUAUCUGAUGAAACACCUGCCACCGACUCUCACCACCAUUACCGCUCUUGGUGAUGACCUCCUUUGCGAGAUCUUCCUCCGCCUCCCAUCCCUCCCGAGCCUCGUCAGAGUGGCCCUCGCCUGCCGCACCUUCCUCCAAGCUAUCUGUUCGUCCCCCGCCUUCCGCCGCUGCUUUCAAGCGCUCCACCCGCCCGAACUCCUUGGCUUCUUCAUUCAAUCUAUCUACACCAUCGUCCCUCACUUUGCCCCCCUCCGCAACUGCUCUGACCCCGACAUGUCCGCCGCCGUUCGUGGCUCCGAUCUCUCGCUCACCCGCCUCUCGGAAGACAUCGGUUCCUCUCUCGAGUGGGAUCUAGAGAGCUUCUAUGGACCCUACCUUGUACUCAUCAAUCAGAUCACUGCUCAGAUCGUUGCCUACAACCCCCUGACGCUAACACUUGAUCUCAUCCCCUGGCCGCCCAUUGAGAUCUCCCGCUCCUCCUUCCUUGAGUUCCACAUUAUCUUCUCGGAAGAGGACCAGGGGGUGUUUCGUAUGGUCUGUGUCCAACACCAUCGCCCACAGUUACCACAUGUGGAGGCAUACAUCGCUGUCUUCUCAACAACCACUAGGAAGUGGCAGGUUUUGCCAUGGGUCGAGACCCCGCCGCCGCCACAACCUGAGGAUGAUGAUGACAUUCGCCAUUUUUAUCCUGGUAUGCCAAUGAAAGGAUUCAUUUAUUGGAAACAGACAACUCGAGCCUCUGUAGUCGCUUUCAACACCACGACACUACAAUUCUGUAGAGUGGAUUUGCCGCCGUUAGUGAGAGAGAGAUACUAUAUGCAAUCUAGGUUUGGUCACACCAAGGAUGGGAAGCUCUGUAUGGUUGGCGCAGAUGACUCUGGUGCAAAGAAAGGAAUGCUUAUUGUUUGGGUUUGGAGAGCAGAUGAUGACGGUGUUGAGAAAUGGAUGCUUGAAGAUACUUUUCCACUGAGUAAAUUUGUUGAUGCCACCAAGUCUUCAACAGAGGAUGAUGCGAGAGUUCAGGUUGAGGUGGUUAUCGAUGGCUUUGUGUACCUGUCUAUUAAGUAUGGUGCGCAAGCAGAGUCCCUCCUAUCCCUAUGUCUGGAAACAGCAGAGCUUAACAAUCUACUUGAUGAUGCACGUGCAAGCCGUGCUCAUCCCUACCUCAUGGCGUGGCCUUCUUCUUUGGUGUGCAACAGGCAAACCCGUGCUUGAAGAUCCUGGUAAAGUUUCUUCAAACAUAUAGUUGUGAUAAACUGCCAUU